GUCCAGCUGCAGCCGACCCAGGUCCCAAUCCCUGCUCUUUGCUCUUCUGCUUUUCAAUAAGUCCUGAGGCUCUGGAGGGUGGGCGUGGGAGUAACCCUAGCAGAGGUUCAGAGGUCCUCCUGGGCUGUUUCGGGGGCGCUUGGCGAUGGCCACGUUCAGAUACUGGCUGGAAGCCAGGGGAGGGAGCUUGGGGUAAGGGGAGGGCCCUGAGGGAGGGGUCAGACUCCUUAGGAAAGAGUUAAUGCGAAGAGGGGGAGGGGAUAGGACGAAGAGACCGAAGGGAAGGCUCAGGGCCGCCAACUUCCAGCCGCGGCGGCGACUUUCAGUUUCAUUUCCACGGACCCUCCUGCCUGGGCCGCAGCCGCCGCCGCGAUGCCCAGUAAGUUCAGCUGCCGGCAGCUCCGGGAGACGGGCCAGUGCUUCGAGAGUUUCCUAGUCGUUCGAGGACUGGACAUGGAGACAGAUCGCGAGCGGCUGCGAACCAUUUAUAACCGCGACUUCAAGAUCAGUCUUGCCUCCAGCAAAUCCAUCCUCCAAUCCUGAUGCCAGAGUGAUCUGAAAUGCAAAUAUGAUCUUGCCACUCCCCUGCUUAAAACCCACCAACUGCAGUGGUUCUGUAACCGCAGGGUAGCCUCUGACAAGGGCUGCUGAAAGCACAAAGCUAUCUGAUCUCUGGAGAAGGACCCUUUCCCUUCCUGCUUGGGUCCCACCUGCACCCUUUGACUUCCGGUUGAAACUGCUGUCUCAUCAGCCACCCUGCCCACACUCUGGACAUCUCUGCUCUCUCUCAUCCCCUCUCUCACCCACAGGCAGGACCCCAUAUCUACUCCUCUCAAUCAACUUAUUUGGCUCCCCAUUGGCCUUAACUCUUUCCACUGGUUUUGUUGUUGUUGUUGUUUGGGUUUUUUUUCCCUGUCCCAAAGUUCGCUCCCCACCCCCACCCUCCAAAAAAGUCUAUUUCUUUCUGUCUCUUCACUAAGUCCUCCCAAUCAACAGCCCAUGGUGGGGUUUUCUCCUCAGAAGUGCAUAAUCCACAACGUGCUAUUUAAACCAGUUUUAUUUUGCCUUGGGAAGUCCCAUUGCCUUGCCUGAAGACAUUAAAAAUUUCUCCUGUCCCCAGCCUGAAUCUCUCUGUCCCUGAGCCCCAGCCUGCCCUGCGGCAGAGCUGGUGUGUCCAGGACAGAGUGACCCUCAGAGGCCCUUGCCCCACCCUCCCCCACCACCACCCGUCCCCUGGCCCUGCCUUCCCCUCACUUCCCAGUCUCCUCUGCUUCUGGCAGCUUUGGGACCCCCGCCCCUGGCUUCUCCUCCAUGCUGUAUGGAAUGAAGAUUGCAAAUCUGGCCUACGUCACCAAGACUCGGGUCAGGUUCUUCAAACUCGACCGCUGGAUUGACUCGCGGCUCCCAGAAAAGAGGAGAAUGAAGCUGAGCUCAGAUAUCAGCAAGCACCACAAGUCACUGCUAGCCAAGAUCUUUUAUGACAGGGCUGAGUAUCUUCACGGGAAGCAUGGGGUGGACGUGGAAGUCCAGGGGCCCCACGAGGCACGAGAUGGGCAGCUCCUUAUCCGCCUGGAUUUGAACCGCAAGGAGGUGCUGACCCUGAGGCUCCGGAACGGAGGAAACAAACCUGUUACCCUCACUCACCUCUUCCCACUCUGCCGGACACCCCAGUUUACCUUCUACUAUGGUGACCAGGAGCUGCCCUGCCCGCUAGGCCCCGGUGAAUGCUAUGAGCUGCAUGUGCACUGUAAGACCAGCUUUGUGGGCUACUUCCCAGCCACGGUGCUCUGGGAGCUGCUGGGACCUGGGGAGUCGGGGUCAGAAGGAGCUGGCACUUUUUACAUUGCCCGCUUCUUGGCUGCCGUCGCCCACAGCCCUCUGGCUGCACAAUUGAAGCCCACGACUCCCUUCAAGCGCACCCGGAUCACUGGAAACCCUGUGUUGACCAACCGGAUAGAGGAAGGAGAGAGACCUGACCUCGCUAAAGGCUAUGACUUGAAGCUAAGUAUGGCACUGGGGACCUACUACCCACCCCCACGCCUCAGGCAGCUGCUCCCCAUCCUUCUUCAGGGAACAAGUAUCUUCACUGCCCCAAAGGAGAUUGCUGAGAUCAAGGCCCAGCUGGAGACAGCCCUGAAGUGGAGGAACUAUGAGGUGAAACUCCGACUGCUGCUGCACCUGGAGGAGCUGCAGAUGGAGCACGACAUCCGGCACUAUGACCUGGAAUCGGUGCCCAUGACCUGGGACCCCGUGGACCAGAACCCCAGGCUGCUCACACUGGAGGUUCCCGGUGUGACCGAGAGCCGCCCCUCAGUGCUGCGGGGGGACCACCUGUUUGCCCUUCUGUCCUCUGAGACACAGCAGGAGGACCCCGUCACCUACAAGGGCUUCGUGCACAAGGUGGAACUGGACCGUGUCAAACUGAGCUUUUCCAUGAGCCUCCUGAGCCGAUUUGUGGAUGGGCUGACCUUCAAGGUGAACUUCACCUUCAACCGCCAGCCCCUGCGGGUCCAGCAUCGGGCCCUGGAACUGACAGGGCGCUGGCUGCUGUGGCCCAUGCUUUUUCCUGUGGCCUCCCGUGGGGUCCCGCUGCUGCCCUCAGAUGUGAAGCUCAAGCUGUAUGACCGGAGUCUGGAGUCAAACCCAGAGCAGCUGCAGGCCAUGAAGCACAUUGUUAUGGGCACCACACGUCCAGCCCCCUACAUCAUCUUUGGGCCUCCAGGCACUGGCAAGACUGUCACAUUAGUGGAGGCCAUUAAGCAGGUGGUGAAGCACUUGCCCGAAGCUCAUAUCCUAGCCUGUGCUCCGUCCAACUCCGGUGCUGACCUUCUCUGUCAGCGGCUCCGGGUCCACCUGCCCAGCUCCAUCUACCGCCUCCUGGCCCCCAGCAGGGACAUCCGCAUGGUACCUGAGGAUAUUAAGCCCUGCUGUAACUGGGAUGCGAAAAAGGGGGAGUAUGUGUUUCCUGCCAAGAAGGAACUGCAGGAAUACCGCGUCUUAAUUACCACUCUCAUCACGGCCAGCAGGUUGGUGUCGGCCCAGUUUCCCAUCGAUCACUUCACACACAUCUUCAUCGAUGAGGCUGGCCACUGCAUGGAACCUGAGAGUCUGGUGGCCAUAGCAGGACUGAUGGAAGUUAAGGAAACAGGCAAUCCAGGAGGGCAGCUGGUGCUGGCUGGAGACCCGCGACAGCUGGGACCUGUGCUGCGCUCCCCACUGACACAGAAGUAUGGGCUGGGGUACUCGCUGCUGGAACGGCUUCUCACCUACAAUGCCCUGUACAAGAAGGGCCCCGACGGCUAUGACCCUCAGUUCAUAACCAAGCUGCUACGCAACUACAGGUCCCAUCCCACCAUCCUGGACAUUCCCAACCAACUCUACUAUGAUGGGGAGCUGCAGGCCUGUGCAGAUGUGGUGGAUCGAGAGCGCUUCUGCCGCUGGGAGGGUCUGCCUCAACAGGGAUUUCCCAUCAUCUUUCAUGGUGUGAUGGGCAAAGAUGAGCGUGAGGGCAAUAGCCCAUCCUUCUUCAACCCUGAAGAGGCUGCCACGGUGACCUCCUACCUGAAGCUGCUCCUGGCCCCUUCCUCUAAGAAGGGGAAAGCCCGCCUGAGCCCACGAAGCGUUGGAGUCAUCUCGCCAUACCGGAAGCAGGUGGAAAAAAUCCGUUAUUGCAUCACCAAACUUGACAGGGAGCUUCGGGGACUGGAUGACAUAAAGGACUUGAAGGUGGGCUCUGUGGAAGAAUUCCAAGGCCAAGAACGCAGCGUGGUCCUCAUCUCCACCGUGCGAAGCAGCCAGAGCUUUGUGCAGCUGGAUCUGGACUUUAACCUGGGUUUCCUUAAGAACCCCAAGAGGUUCAACGUGGCUGUGACCCGGGCCAAAGCUUUGCUCAUCAUAGUGGGCAACCCCCUUCUCUUGGGCCAUGACCCCGACUGGAAAGCAUUCCUGGAGUUCUGUAAAGAAAACGGAGGGUAUACAGGGUGUCCCUUUCCUGCCAAACUGGACCUACAGAAUGGACAGAACUUACUUCAAGAUCUGAGCAAGCUCAGCCCCUCUACCUCAGGGCCCCAUGGUCACGACUACCUCCCCCAGGAGCGGGAGAGUGAAGGGGGCCUGUCCCUGCAAGUGGAGCCCGAGUGGAGGAAUGAGCUCUGAAGACACAGCUGCCUGCCUUCUCACACCAAGCCAAGCCUUAGCCCGCUGCACCCAACCCUGAACCAGAACCCAGCUGAGCUGCCCCUCUAAGGGACAGGAAGGCUGGGGGAGGGUGUUUACAACCAAGCCAUUCCACCCCUUCCCCUGCUGGGGAGAAUGACACAUCAAGCUGCUAACAAUGGGGGAAGGGGGAGGAAGAAAAACUCGUGAAAACAAAAUCUUGUUCUAUGCAAAAGCCUCUUGAUCAUGUCUCCUCAGCUUGGCCUCAGCUUCCCGUGUCCCCAAGCUGACCUGCAAGAGGGUGAGACUGUCACACCCUGUCCAGGGCCACAUCUCCGUGUCCAGGGGAGGAAACUCAGUGGGCAGGGAAGCCACCCACCGGUUUCUAAGUUUAGUCCAGGCUAGAGACCACGCCCCUCACCCGCCUCCCUCCCCGGCUGAGCCAGGCAUGACCUCAUCUCUGCUCUAAGACUCCACCCUUCCACCCUAGUCCUGCCUUUGCCAACAGGGGGCCAGUCUGGCAAGCAACUUGGAAAUGAAGAGAGAGAUGGGACUCUGGGCUGGUAGCCAAGAUGGGAACCAGACAAAGGAAACAGGAAGCUGCCACACACGUGUUGGAACCUGUGGCCUUUAUUCAUGCCCCCCACCAAGUGCAGUCAGAGACAAGGCCCCUGCCCAAAGGAGAAACCCCAAUCCACCUACCCUAGAAAUGCUCCUCUGAGCCAGAAGUAUAUAAAGUGCUGGUGUGUGACCAUCCUCUGGGGAGGGCCAAAGGGAGCAAGAGCCCUACCCCUGGACCAAGGCAGCAGGGAGAGGGGACUGCUCGAGAAGGGCAGGGCACAGGCCCAGCUCCCAGAGGACAGGGAGGGAGGGCAGGCCUGCCACCACUCUGGGGGCUAGGGAAACGAUGCAGUCCUGGGCAAGAGGGAACUGGAAAAAGGAGCCUUCAGCAUGGAGUCCUAAGGGUGGAGCUCAAGGGCAGGUGGGUGAUCCCUAAGCCCCAGUGAAGGAAAGGGGCAUCAGGAGCCGUGGGGAUCUCAGAGAAUGGGACAGCCCCUCCGGCGCUUAUUCUUGCGGACCUGGAGGCCAGCUCGAGUGGCCAUCUCGAAAACCUCCCGCACUCCCUCCUUGGUUUUGGCGGAGCACUCAAGAUAGCCAAAGGCACUGAUACGAUUUGCCAUAUCCCGGCCUUCCUCAGAUCGGACGGGUUCCUGAGAAGACAGAAGAUAAGGCAGAGGAAGCUGGUGGCUAGGUGCACCUGUCACCACAUCACCCAUAAGUAUAGUAACUAUAACAAAUACCUCCUCCAGCCCUGAGCCCACAAAGCAUCCAGGCCCCGGCUGCCCCAGGCAGGGAUCUAAGCCUCAUGUUUACAUUCAAAGUUGUCCCCAGACUAGCCCCUCCUCUCCCACCUAGUCACAGACCCUAUGGUACACAUAUGUUUGGCCAGAAUGUGUGUCGGCUACCUCCUAAAUGACCUACCUUCUCCAUCAUCCCCCCAACCCAUCCUUUGCCUGCUGUCUGCAGUUUAAAACCUUGCCUUAUAUAAUUAUCCUCUCAAGAUAGUCUCUAUUCCAUAUCCUGGCAGCUUCCUGUAAUAAACUGCUCCUCUGGUCACUGGGCCGCUUAGUAAGACCCUGAAUAAGCCAGCUCCCUCGCCCCCUAAGCCUUUCUUCAGCCAUUGAUGAUGCCCUUCCUCCCCAGGUACACUGAUGGCGCAGUCUGCAUACCCCAAGUGAAACAUAAGCUGUCUCCCCGUGGACAAGGACUUCCUUAUUCAUCUUAGUAGCCCCAAUUCCAAAGACAGAAUAAUAAACUGGAAUAAAUGAAAAUGCCAAGUGA